AUGAACGGAACUCAAUCGCUAGAGGAUCUUCUGAAGCAACUGGAACAUAUAUUGGACGCGGACCCGUUGAUUGACGAAGUGGGGUUUCUUCAUCCUUCACAGUUUCCCGAGCUUGUCAAGGAGGCUGUUAAUCGUUCAAAUGAUGGAAAUAUUGUUCCCGAAGGAUCAGACGGACUUUCUUAUGAUUUCUGGAGUCUAGACCAUAAGUUGGGCAUCUCCACUGAUAUUCUUCUUCCGCUGUAUAGAGCUGCUAAACAUGCAUUUACCCAAGCAUUUAUGGAAUACAAGGUGUUAAUGGCCUCAACCAAAGAAAGCAGUACUGCAGAAGAUCUGAAUGCAUCAAACUGUACCUCAUCCUCCAUGAGCUUAGUUGAAAUCGAAGCAAUGAAGCAUAGCCGGGCUUUGCUGCUGUUAAGCUGUGAUUUUGGCACUGCCUGGAAUCUCAGGAAAUCAAUUGUUUCCAGAGUACAGAAGUUUCAGUUAUUCAGGGAUGAACUUCUUUUGUCAUCUCUGGUUCUUUCAUAUGCGCCAAAAAGUGAGCGUGCUUGGAGUCACCGGAGGUGGGUGAUCAAGAUGAUUGCUGGAAAGUGUUCAAACUUGGAAGAGAUUGUUGGAAGGGAAUCUGAGUUUGUUGAAAAAUUAGCUGAGAAAUCUAAAAUGAACUAUCGUGCUUGGAAUCACCGCUGCUGGUUAGUUACCUACAUGUCCAGGGAAAAGGUGAUACAUGAGUUGACUCAAUCCCGACGCUGGGCUGGCCUCCAUAUUGCCGAUAGCUCAUGUUUCCACUAUCGCGCUAGGUUAUUAUUCAAGACUUUGGGGGUUUCUUCGGAUGGGCAGGAUUCUGGUGCAUUGUCUGACCCAAAUCUUUAUGGACUUUGGAAGGAGGAACUUGAUUGGCUUGAGCAGUUAAUAAGGCGAUAUGUGGGUAGAGAGGCUUUAUGGCUCCAUCGGCGCUUCUUGUCUUAUUAUUGGAUUACACAUUUUAUAACUCAUGUUCAGAGUGAGUCUCAUGAUUUUAUGAAUGUGGAGACGUUUAUGGACAAUGAAUUACAAUUGUGUCGGUUCAGCUCAGCAAUUCCCGAUAAUGAUUUUGAGGACUAUGAAGCACAGGCCGCUUUUUCUGCCACAUAUAUCAUGUGGCUGAGCAGGCAAGUAGCUGACUAUUUGGAAAUCGAUUUUCAAAACAAGUUGGAAGCAAAUGGAUUCAAGAGUCUGCUGGAAAAUGUUUGCCCUCAGAAGUCCGUCCUCUGGGAUACUCUUAAAUGCUAA